GCUGAAUUCUAAAUGAUCUCUAAGAAGCACCCACUCUUCCACAUUGCAAUUGGUUCGCCAAGUUCCGAAUGUUGAAAUCAUUGCUCCAUGCCAAUCCAGACAAAUCAGUGGUUUUCUUUCCACCGAAAGUUCCUAAAACCAGCAUAGAACUGCCGAGCGACUGAAUUUGUAAACCCUGCUCCCAGAUUCAAAUUCCAAAGCACAGAUGGAAUUCCGCAGGUUUCGGAGUCGUCCAAGUCCAGGAACUUCGUCCGGUCGAGCGCUCCAGCACUUCUGCCCAAGGUCUUGGUGGCCGUGCAGCAGGACGGCAGCGCCCUGAAGUUCGCAGCAGCCGCUCUGCAGGCGGAGACGGAGGUGGUGCGCGCUUCCUGGCUGGCACGCAUACUCGAAGACGGCACAGCGCUGCAGGAAGCCCCGGAGGACCUCCGCGGCGACAGGGCGUUCCUGCUGGAAGCGGUCAGGGCCACCAAGGCCCCCUGGCUCGUCCAGCUGGCCUCGAAGGCGCUGCAAAAAGAUGGGGAGCUGGUGAAGCAACUGAAGCACGUGGCCGGAACGGGCCUGGUUUUCACCUGGUACCGCAGCUACGACUGCUUCCAGAAGCUGCGGGACGUGAUCGUGGCCACGGGGGCCUCGGUCCCAGGCGGCGAGGCCUACAACGCAGUCAUGGAGCGAUUGAACAAGACUGAGGGCGGAUCAGCCACUGUGUGGUUUGACGCGGUCCCGGUCUGGGGCUUUGAGGCCAACGGCGCCAAGUGGCGCCAUCCGUCCACCGACUGUGGACGCGACAAUGUUCCGGUACCGCCACCGGAGGGACGCGACCCGAUGUGGGACUCCCUCGUGGAGUCCCGGGUCUCGAGGGAGGCACCGGCAGUUGGCUCAAAGCACCCGUGCCACUUGGUUUGUGUGCCAAACAGCAUCAGGAUCUUCAUGGAAUGUUUUUUUGAUUUGAUUCCUUCAGCCGAUUCCUUCUCCACAACAAAAUGGAGUGCGGCUUUGGUGUGGCUAGACACUCAUGUCAACAUUGUUUGCCAAGGCUGGUGCUGCCAUUGGCUGCGCAAAGUGAAGCAGAAGCAGGCUGAAGGCGCAAUCAUUUGCUGCGCGGUAUCGAACAUCUACAAUGACGACUGGGUGGAAGACUUCGGUGCCGGAUCGUCGGAGCUUUCUGACAGCCUCGCUGAGCAGUACGGCCUUCCCAAGGAGCGCUUCAAGAAUGGCCCGCCACCUGGUUGGGGGG